GAAUCUUUUGACACCAUCGUGAGAUUAUCACGGUUACUUUUUGGGGUUUAUUUUUUUUGUUACGGGGUUUAAAGGGGUUUUAAUUAUUUAUUAAUGACGCGACGCGGUAGUGUGGUUGACGUGCAACUGAUCAUUUAUAGUCCGAGGAAGUUUUCGAUUUCGCCCUUUUUACCACCGCAUAUUAGGAAAAAUGACGAACUUCCCCCAGAACAAAUUGCUGUCCUCCGUAAGGCCUUUGAGGCCUUCGACAGCCAGAAAUCCGGAAGCAUUCCAUGCGACAUGGUGGCGGACAUCCUGCGCCUCAUGGGUCAACCCUUCGACAAAAAGAUCCUGGAGGAGCUGAUUGAAGAAGUGGAUGCUGACAAAUCGGGCCGACUGGAAUUCGAGGAGUUCGUAACCCUGGCGGCCAAAUUCAUCGUAGAAGAGGACGACGAGGCGAUGCAAAAAGAACUGAAAGAAGCCUUCAGGUUAUACGACAAGGAAGGUAACGGUUAUAUUCCCACGACGUGCUUAAAAGAAAUCUUACGGGAACUCGACGACCAAUUAACUGAUAGGGAAUUGGACAUGAUGAUCGAGGAAAUUGAUACAGACGGUUCUGGAACCGUGGAUUUUGAUGAAUUUAUGGAAAUGAUGACCGGAGAGGUUUAAAGCGGUUGAAGAAAUCAGACCAUAUUUUACAUAACACUGUAUGUAUAGUUUAGGUGCAUUUUUUUUAUUUAUUUAUUUUAUUCAAUACUGGUAUUAAAUCUAUGUGAAACAGUAUAAUAUAUAAUUAUCAUAAAAUAUCUUAUUUUAGCUACAUAACUGAAUUAUAUUUAUAAAUAUAUUAUUUUGUUUAUUUUUAUGAAUAAAAAUAUUUCUUGUUA